ACACGAUGGGCACUGGUCAUACACAGGAGGUCAAAACACAUAACAGCUGACAAGGACUGAACAGAAAUCAUGGCAUUAUAUACACAAAGACUAAUAAGUUAAUGAAACACAGGUGAGGACAAUCAAGGACAGCUGGCAGUAAGGGCAGGUAAUUAUGGGAAGUGUAGUACGGGAGGAACAGAUGAGAGGGGAGAAACACAAGUCAAACAACAGUGAAUCAUGACAGGUGUUAUGGAGUAGAUGUUAUGUUUUUUUUUUUUUUUUUUUGUACAUCCUUAAUGAAUGGCUCUUUGGGGUCCCUGGAUAUAAAUUGUUAUACGUACAGAGAGUAUUUCAAUGCUAAGAGAAAAUCAAGCCCCAAGCUUCUUUGGCUUUGACCUCUUUCACUAAACAUUUUAAUGCAUGGAAGCAAUUUAAAGAUUGAGAGGAUUAAUUAAGAGUCAUACAAAUUAUUUGAUAUAAGGGCAUUUGAAGCGUGACUAAUACUUGCAACUGCAUACUGUUUCAAAACAUGUAAUCCCUUAUCAAGUUUAAAAAAAUAAAAUAAAAAAUACAACUGAUGUGAUUGAACACAGCUGGUAAAAUGUCCAUCCUGUGGCUUCUCCAUGAUUUAUUAAACAUCAAUUAGGGAUACUACAAUAAUAUAGACCAUAGAUGGGGGUUAACACUGUAAUAAUCUCCAGAUUAAAAAAUAAACUGCCUGCAUUGAAUGCCAUUUAUCACACACUGUUUUGUUAUAUUAUAUAUUGAUGUAUAAAUAGUGACACUGUUACCACGGUUUCAGUGUUAUGCAGAAGAAACCUCCCAAUAGCAUCUCUCUAACACAUCCCACACAGUCUAACAGACACUCUGCUCUGUGAGCUUCAAACCCACUGCGCUCUUCCGAGUGAACAGAAUUCAUACCAUGGAGUUUGGUCCACGUGCCAUCUAUAAACACCAUCUGCUGCAUCACGCCCAGUUUAUACACACACACACAACAUGUUAUUGUGCAUAAGAAAUCGUGAUGCAUUAUGUCAAUAUAUUGAUCUGAUGAAAGAUUAUAAAUAUAUAAUAUGCCGUGUGCCUGCAGAUUUUCUCUCUCUUUUUGCUGCCUUCAGAUGUGGGGCAGAGGUUUACAUGGACAUCAUCACAUGCCCUGAUUCACCCUCGGCUGUCCUGUGGGAGAGAGAGAGAGCUUGCAUGCGUUACUGGAGAGAUGAGAUCAGUUUAAGAGUGCACAAAAUUACAUUCACACGUGCAAUUCAUGUUAUGUAAGAGCCCUGACUGCUUAACUGUAUGCUGUAGGAUAACAGAGGCGGUGAGCGGAGAGACAGAGCAAAUGUUGGAUACACACAGAGGGAAACCUACUCUUAAUACAGUAAGAGGAAAUACCAGAGAGGAAAUUUUUAGGAGAUCUGGACAUGUGCUUGGACUAUCUAACAAACCCAGAUAUUUACAGAUGUCUUAAGUAGGAGUAAAGGACUUUUUUGUGAUAUUCUCUCAAUGGGCAGUAUGGAUGGAUUAUGGUCAGCUAAAUGUAUCUUGCUAUGCAGAUUAUUGUGAUAUCCUGAGGACAUAUUUGCUGUUUUGAUCCUUGAGCUUUGAUGAUGACAUCAGUGUGGCCCUUGGUGUGGAUUGUGUGUGGACUGACUGUGUGGUCUCCUCACACUCAUGCAGCAUCAAAGAAACACAUGACCACCUUUGUUCCAUCCAUGAAGGAGCAGUCAACAGAUCCAGAACAUCAGACUGACCCUACAGAUCCACCCAUCAACAACAGAGCCUCAGAGAGCCCCAUUCUGCUCAUGACCACCUCUGCUCCAUCCACGGAAGAGCAGACAACAGAGCCAGACCAUCAGACUGACCCCACAGAUCCACCCAACAACACAGGACUCACAUGUAUACCUCUGCUUCCCCCUCGACGGGGAUCAUACUACGUGGAGCAUGGCACGGGGGUGUCUGUGGGCUCUAUGCUUGUGUUCUGGUGCAGGGAGGGUUACCAACUGGUUGGCCAUGAGAAAAUUACAUGCAUUCUGAAAGCAGGCACCCCUCGAUGGAGCAGCUACCUUCCAGUCUGUGAGAGCAUCCCUAGACCAAAUGACCAGGGAUUUCGCGUUGCUUUGCUGGUGUCUGUAGUUAGUGGGGUGGUCAUCCUGAUCAUGACUGUGUCCUUCAUCGUCUGCUGUUGUCAAGAGCACAUCAGUAAAAAGAGGGAAAAGCAACAGACAGGCAGGAGCAGGAGAAGAGAAAAGCGAAGCUCUAGAUCUUGUAGGAGCCCGUCCUGGUUGCAGAGAGAGCAGCUAGACUGGGAGGCAUUCCCCCCACCUAAACUUUUCAGCCUGUCCCAGCAUCUUGACCGACCGCUGCCUCCUGGCAGCCCUGUUUAUUCUGAGGUUGUCAGAGCCUAUGAGAACAGUGGGUAUGAGAGGAGUCAAGAGAGCUUGCUGAGAAACCCCCAUGCCACAUACCCCACAUACCAAGCCAACAACCAAAUCUACCCAGCCCUUGUUUUCCAGAGGGUCCAAACUGAGCCAAACCCCACCACCUCCUCCAACAACCCAGUUUACGUACAGAUUUCUACUCCUCCCAAAAACAAGACCAAACAUGGUCCUUCUGUCACCCACCCAUAGACUCACUGGGGAUGCAACCAUUAUUCAAUUUUCCCAUCAGCAGAACUGAAUGUGGACAAGACAACACAGAAAACACAGCUGUAGAAAAGGAUGAGGGAUAGAUAAAGCCAAAUAGAUGGGGAGAAGAUUGAAAUGGUCUUUGUGACCAGGAAAAGCACUUUGAUAUUUCUGCAGUAAAGUUCAAGAUAUUUUUCAAUGUAUAAAUACAUUACCUGUAUUGUAAAUAUUUUGGAGUGGGCCUAUUUAUUCUUAUCAGAUCCUUAAUUUAAUUUAACCAAACUGUAAAUAGAAGUUUUGAUGAUAUUGUAAGAAAAUAAAAACUAACACUAAUCAAAAUCUUUUGUUUUGCACAGUUCAGAAGUAUGCUUAAGGUGGCCAACUACCACCAAUUGUCAUACAUUUUUUGUUAUAAUCUUGGUAAGAAUAUUCAGAUAGUAUCGAGCUUCACCAUUGUUAACUUAAAAUCUAAUUGUAAAAUUUGCACUUUAAAUGCACUUAUUGUGCCCUUACUGUAUUUGUUAUAAAUUGUUGUGUCCAUCUGUUUUUAAUGUGUCUCUCUUUAUUCAGUUAUUAAUAAUCUACACAUAAUAAAACAGCUUGUUUCUUU